CAAGAGUCAUAAUAUCUUUAGAUCUGAAUAGAUAAUAAGAAAAGAUGAAUAUAAUUAAAAAGUAUUACAGGACAACUGAAAGUAGUCAAUCUAUUUCUUUGGUUAGUGUGAAAUUUACAAAGAAUUACUAUGUGAUUUUUGCAGCAAAACUGGUCAAUACAAAAUAACAGGAUUAUUUCCUGAACAUAAUAGAAUAAAAUUGGAAUCAACAAAAUGCAUUUGAAGAAAGGAUUUAAGCAUAAAUGGAGAGAGACCGUCUGUCCAGUGUGGUGGAUAGAGCAUACUCAGUCGUUGGGUUUGAAGUCUAGAUUCAGCUGCCAGGCUUUAAGUUGGGUCACUUAGCAUUAGACCUCAUAGCCUUAGUUGUAAAGUAAAAUGAGAAUUUCUGCCUGGAUCUCACUCAGUUUUGGGGUGAGAAUCUAACACAAUUGUGUGGAGCUCUUUGUUAAUGAAAUCAUCUUAUUGGUGCAAGAUAAUAGUAUUUUAAAACAGUUGAUUUUUCCAAUUUAAGUUUGAAGACUCAUCUUCUGACUUAGGGAUAUUGAAUGUCAAUCAGUUUACUUUCUGCCAACAGAAGGAAGAGGAUCUAUUUAUAUAUAUGUGUAUAUGUAUGUGUUUGUUUCCAUCAGAUGCAGAGAUCAGGUUUGAUAUGAAGGAGGACAGUGCAAAUCUGAAAAUAAUCUCAUGGAACAAGUAUUCUCAAGCUAGUGAAUAUAGGGCUGGUCUUGCUAAAUAUAAGAAAAUUCAUAAUGAAGAGAAACAUUUUGAAUACAAUCAACAUGGAAAAGCCUUCAUAACAAAUUCCAGUGUUGUGAAUAAGAGAAUAUAUACUGAAGAGAAACUUCAUGAGUAUCAUGAAUGUGGUAAAGUUUUCAGUGUACACUUUUCCCUUAUUAAACACCAGACCAUCCACAGUGGAGAGAAAUCUUAUGUAUAUAAAAAGACUUUCAGAGACAGAUCCACUCUUAAUAAACAUCAGAGAAUCCACACAGGAGAAAAAUAUUAUGAAUGUAGUGAAUGUAGAAAAACUUUCAGAGACAGAUCCAAUCUCUAUAAACAUCAGAGAAUCCACACUGGAAAGAAACCUUAUGAAUGUAAUGAAUGUGGAAAGGCUUUCACCCAGAGGGGAAAUCUUGCUGUUCAUAAGAGAAUCCACACUGGAGAAAAGCCUUAUGAAUGUAACCAAUGUGGAAAGGCUUUCACAUGCAGCUCUAGUCUUGCUGUACAUAAGAGAAUCCAUACUGGAGAGAAACCAUAUGAGUGUCAUGAAUGUGGUAAAGUCUUUCGGGAAUACUAUUUUCUUAAUGUACAUCAGAGAAUCCAUACUGAGGAGAAACCUUACAAGUGCAAUCAGUGUGGAAAAGCUUAUAAACGCAGGUACAGUCUUACUCUCCAUCUGGCAAUCCACACUGGAGAGAAACCUUAUGAAUGUGAUCAGUGCGGAAAGGCUUUUACACGGAGAGCUCAUCUUACUGGAUAUCAGAAAAUCCACACUGGAGAGAAACCUCAUGAGUGUCUUGAAUGUGGAAAGGCUUUCAGUUGCAGCUCCUAUCUUGCUAUACAUAAGAGAAUCCACACUGGAGAGAAACCUUUUGAAUGUAAUCAGUGUGGAAAGGCUUUCAGAUGUAGCUCCAGUCUUGUUGAACAUCAGAGAAUCCACACUGGAGAGAAACUUUAUGAAUGUAAACAAUGUGGAAAGGCUUUCAGAUGCAGCUCCACUCUUGCUGAACAUCAGAGAAUCCACACUGGAGAAAAACCUUAUAAAUGUAAUCAGUGUGGAAAGGCUUUCAGAUGCUUCUCCAGCCUUGCUGUACAUAAUAGAAUCCACACUGGAGAAAAACCUUUUGAAUGUAAUCAAUGUGGAAAAUCUUUCAAAUGCCGCUCCAGUCCUGCCGCCCAUCAGAGAAUCCACACUGGAGAGAAGCCUUAUGAAUGUAAACAGUGUGGAAAGGCUUUCAUGUACCACUCCACUCUUCAUAAACAUCAGAGCAUACACGGUGGAGAAAAACCACAAUGAACAUAAUCAAUAUGAAAAGGCUUUCAGAAUGAGCUUUUUUCUUGGAGUACAUCAGAGAAUUCUCUCACUGGAGAGAAACCUUAUAAAUGUAAUCAGUAUGAAAAGGCUUCCAUGUUACUCAUCAGAGAAUCCACAAUAGAGAGAAGCCUUAUUAUGAUUGUCUAGAAUAUAUUAAUACUCUUAAUAUUCUCGUACUGAAUAUCAUAGAAUCAAUACUAGAGGAAGAACUUCAUUAAUGUAAUCAGUGUUCAACUAAAGUCAUCCCUCAUUUCCCAUCAGAAAAUUCAUAUAAUGAAUGUGGAAAAACAUUCAAAUGAAGUACAGAGCUUGUUAGACAUCAGCAAAUUCAUCCUGGAAAUAAGUCUUAUAUGGACUCAAUGUGGGAAGGUUUUCAGCCAGAGACCAUCUCUUAUUUCACAUCAAAGGAUUCAUAGGUGGAGAGAAAAUUUCUUAAUGUGCUCAAUGUGUAUCUUCCUUUUGCUGGAAGAUGGAGGUUAUCAGACAUCACAAUAUUUACACUGGGAAAAUAAAACCUUUAAAAAGCAAUAAUUGUGGGAAGGGCUUCACCUAGAACUCUUACUCAUGUGUAUUUUGGAAAAAUCUUCCUGGAGAUAAUACUAAAGAAACUAAUUAAUGAUGAAAAGCAUCUUCUGGCAGCACAGACUUCAUUAUUCAUCACAAAAUUUGUAUGGUGUAUGAAGUCCUAAAAACAGAUGGAAUUUUUUCUCUGAAAUCCUAAGUUUUCUCAUUCAUUCUCUGUGAUAUUCCAUGGUUUUCCAAUACUACAACUUUUUACCUCCCACUCUUAAAUACUUUAUUUUUUCCAAUUGGAUAAAAAUAUUUUUAAGAUAUUUUAAAAAGUUUUGAAUUCCAAAUUCCCUCCUUAUUUACUCUCAUUGAGAGAGCAAGUGAUUUGAUGUAGGUUAUACAAAUCUAGUCAUAUAAAACAUUUCCAUAUUAGUUGUGUUCUAAAAGAAAACAGACAAAAAACCCAAACAAAUGAGAAAAAUAAGUGUUUUUUUUUCAAACCCAUACCUUCCAUCCAAAGCAAAAGAGUGAUAAGGGAUAGGCAAUGGGGGUUAAGUGACUUGCUCAAGGUCACACAGGAAGGAAGUUUCUGUGGCCAGAUUUUAACAAAGGACCUCUCAUCUCCAGGCCUGGCUCUCAGUCCACUGAGCCACCUACCUUCCUCCCCUUUAAAGUAUAUUUUGAUCUUUAUUUAGACUGUUAUCAGUUUUUUUCUAGCAGUACAUAAUAUUUUUCAUUUUAAGUCCUUAAGAAUUGUCUUGGAUCAUUAAUACCAUAACUUCUCCAACUUUUCUCUAGUUGAUCUGUAUUCAAAGUGUUUCAUGAUGCUAACUAAUGUAAAAAAAGCCUUGUUUAAUAUUUUGUGUCUGUUGGACUUUUUCUUUUAAUGAUGCCUUUAAACUGCUGGAUAGCACAAAAGAGAGCAUUGUUUUUGAAUCUAUAAGCCCUGAAUUCAAAUGCAGUCUCUGAUACUUACUAGCUGUUUAACCCUGGACAAGUCACUUGGCCUAUUCCUGACUCAGUUUAUCCAUCAGUACAGUUGGGAUAAUAAUAACAUCUACCAUGCAGAGUAGAUGAGAGGAUCAAAUAAGACAAUAUUUGUAAUGUGCUUUGUAAACAUUAAAUCACUCUGUAAAUGAUACUUAUUAUUUUUCCUAAGGCUCAUAAAUCUUAUGGAAAAGUCAGUGGCUAUGAGAUAGUUUAAUCACUUUUUAUUCAAAUUGAUAUUCAGAACAGUAUAAAUGACUGCAGUAUAUUUUAAUGUAUAGGAAACUGGAUUUAGAGUUGGGAAGUCUUGGCUUUAAAAUCUGCCUCACAUGUUCUUAAGCAAUGUAACGCUGGGAGAAGAACCGCCUCUCUGUGCCUCAGUUUAGGAGGCUGAACUUACUGGCCUCUAUGGUCCCAUCUAACCCAAGUCUGUUCUCAUCCAAAGUACCUUUGUAUGUCUCUUUCUUAAACUUCUUCCAGUAUUCCAGCAGUAGGACCAAAUCUGAACCCAUAGCAUAAAGUAAUAAUCACCCAAACUAUCUAAUAUAAUUUAAAAAUAGACAGCUUGUACAGGAUGCAUGUGAAAUACAUGUGUGGGAGAUUCUGAUACUUAAAUUAUGGGUGCUUGACUAGGCAAUGCUAGUUUGAUUAGUAGUCUCUCCCCAUACCUUUUACAUUGUGGAUUUCUAGAAAUCCAGAGACCUCGACUGCUGGUACUAAUCAUUACAUUAAAACUCACAAGCAGUCUGACAGAAAGUAGGUAUAGACCAACAUCCACAGCAUAGACCAGUAUUAGCUCCAAAUGAAUAUGAAAUUUAGAUGUGAAAGGUUCUUUAAAGAAAUCAGAGAAACCAUAAAAGAUUCAUUUUGUAAAGAAUGUGGCAUCAGAGAAGGUGUGGAGAAGAUCACACAAAAUGAAAUGGGGCAUUCAUGUCAGAUGAAGAAAUCAAGGUUACCUAAAAUAUGAAGGGAAGCAGUUAUUUGAGGGGAAUGAAUGUUUCCUUAAUAGAGGUCUCAUAUCUAAGGUGUUUAAAUAGACUGGAUACAGUCAUAAAAACUAGCUAUUCCCCAACAGAACUUUAUUAUAGACAGUUAUCAAAGGAAGAAAGAAAUCCAAGUUAUUCACAACCUCAUGAAAAAGUGUUCCACAUCUGUAAUUACUAAUCCAAAUCACUAAUAAUUAGAUUUUCAAAUUGGUAAAGACGAGAAGUAAAUGACAAUCACAGAUAUCGGAAGGAAUUUACAAAUUUGUAUAUUAAGGAAAAAUGUUUUAAUAUUAUCUAUGUCGAAAUAAAAUAUGUGUCUUAUCCUGUCCUCCGAGUCCUUCAUCUCUUUCAAUAUGUGGGUAGCGUAUUUUGUCCUCUGGAGACAUGGUUGAUCAGUGCAUUGAUCAGAACUUGGAAGUCUUUCAGGCUUUUGUUUACAUUAUAAUGUUGCUUUUAUUUGUAAUGUGUAUAGAUAUAUGGGGUGCUCAGGGAGGACUAGUACCUCUGUGUGAGGGUGGCUUUCCGCCUUUGACUGGACAUGUGUGGUGUCCACGUCCAGUAAAACCAUCCUGGCUGAUUGGCUAAACCAGGUUGAGAGUAAUCAUUAGGUCUAUAAUCCUUAGGUGAAUUAGGGAGGAUUUCUGCUCCAAGCAUGUGAGGACUUCCCCAGCAGAAGGGGAGAACACUUUGUUCCAGCAGCCACAAUGUUGGCAGGUGCCGUGAGGAACCUAGAGAUUGCCAAAGUCGUCCACUCUAUCCUGAGCUAUUGCCAGUCAUCCUCACCUUAGUCUUGCCAGUGGACGUUGAUGAUUCUGGAAGAGAAUCAGAUGAAUGACACUGUACAACUCCACCUCACUUAAAUCAAAUACACUGAUGUCACUGGCCCUCUUUGAACUAAGGAUGAACAAUUAGCUAUAUGGCAAACACUGUACUAAGGUCUGGGAAUACAGAGAAAAGGCAAAACAUAUUUCCCAGUAUUAUUACUAUUUUUUCUCUUAUUUGAAUUUUAAAGUCUGUUUUGAGUUCUUCUAGUGCCUGAGAAGAAUUCUUAUUUUUCUUUGAGUCUUUGCAUGCAGUCUAUUUCAACCUAGGUGACAGCUACUAAUUGACUUAAACAAUUAAAUUCUCUUGAACUGUUUGAAACUGCCUGUUUUUCCCCCCUAGUAGGGAAAAUCACCUUCUACUAAAACACUGCAUCAGUCACUUUCUAACAAAUGGAAGGGGAAAGGUUGAGAGAGGAGUUGAGUUGGAGGAAGAGGAGGAGGAGGAUGAGAGAGAGAAACUGUUGAUCUGAAUCUUAAGUCUAGCUG